AUGGGAGACCACUGGGUCUAUACAACAUGGCUUCUGGUGAAGGAGGCGUGUCUCCACCACUGGAAGAGAGCUGGGCUUGUGGCCCUGGCCGCGUGCCUGCUGGGGCUGGUGUACGCCUACCUGACGUUGGCCAACAGGACGGUGGCCACGACGUGUGAGCUGGUCAGGGCCAACAGCCUGGCCAUCCCCGACACGUGCCCGUGGCAGAUGGUCAUCUCAGACCUGGCGCACAGGCUACGUCUGCAGGAGAUGGCAUUCAAAGAGCAGGUCGUCGCCAGGGAGGUCAUGGCAGCAGAAGUCAACAACCAAUCAUAUUCCAACCUAGAAGUGGAGAAAAAACUGGCCAACUUUACGAUGACCAUCAAGCUACUGGCCAACAAAAUCGACCACCUCAAUGGUCAGCUGGCCGAUGUGGCCUCACGACUCUACUCUGACGAAUGUCUCGGCUUCCUGGUGCUUGUCUACAUCACCGUCCAGAUCAUUCUGGCCGUCCGGGCACGACUCAACGUCCGGCAGGGCCUCGACUUGAGCCAACUGACCAGCUCUUCACUGCCCAAGUCGGCAUCCAGUACGAGCAUCAACCUCGCGCAGCAUCCGGUGAAGCCCAACGUGUCCUUCAGGCAGGACUUGUGUGUGAUCGCCCUGAACAAGAACACUUGGAAGCAGAACUCGGCCCUCUCAGACUCGCUGCUCAGGUGUCUGGCCGACGAGCUGCAACUUCCGGUCAAGCCGUUCCACGUCAUCGAGUCCCAGGAGCUUCUCAGUAGCUGCCCGAGGGCUAAGGUCUACAUCGUCGUGCUCGAUUUAAAUCACGUCUGCAAAAACGGCGGGAGCGAGGUCAAGGGCGAUGAACGCUCCAGUAACGCUGUACUUCUGGAGUCAUUGCAUCAGUUCAAGUGUUUUGGAGGUCAAGUGAUACUGGUGCUCUCCAACGAAGAAGAGUCCCAAAGGCUGCCGGCCCAGAGCCUGUACAAUAGCUCGGUGCCGCUGGUGCGCUCAUGUGACGUGUUACAGGAGCUGGCGUCUAAUGGCAAGGUGCUGAGUGUGUGGCGGGAGUUGUCGCCCUACCAGCUCUCCCACGUCAAAAAACUGAUCCGUUCUCUUCUGGGCACUAAAGGAUAAUCACGUCAUGUUUAAACGGUUGGGUUAAUCACGUCAUUUUGAAAGUUGGGUUAAUCACGUCAUUUUGAAAGUUGGGUUAAUCUCGUCAUUUUGAAAGUUGGGUUAAUCACGUCAUUUUGGAAGGGUUGGGUUGAUGACGUCAUUUUGGAAGUGUUGGGUUAUUUCACGUCAUUUUGGAAGGGUUGAGUUUCUCAUUCAUUUACCGAAUACACUUUUUCUAGGUAGACGACCAAACUAUUUCUUAUGGUCUAAUUUAGGUUUAAUGAAAGUAAAGUACUUGUUAGCCUACACAUUGCUCAUCUUAAUAUCAUAAUCCAACUUGUUGGUGCUUGAAGGGUUUUAUGAUCCUGAGUUUCAUUUUACAAACAAGA